CACUGCGCUCAUAGACUACAGACAACGUUUCAGUUUGUACGAACUCUGGAGUAGCCUAUGCCUGCUUACAAAAGGCAAACUAAUGACGGUGGAAAUACUACAUGCUAGUUGGAAUUUAAUCAGUGACAACACACUGAUUUCCGCUGAGGAGAAACAACGCAGACAUUUUACGCGUGUUUCUGGUCAGAUAUCCUCACGAUUAGCGAGACCUACCUGGAGGACGGCAACAGAGGACUAUGGGAGACCACACGGGCUGGUCUUCCAUGUAGGAUGGUAGCACACAGUCGACUGGAAAGCAACGCAGGCCCAGACGAAUGCAGCAGAGCCAGCAUUGAGCCCCCAGCUUCAGACUCCCAGUCCCACCGGCCCAGGUCCAGCCAGACGCACUUCCGGCCCUUCAGAAGCGAGAAAGACUUUAAGACCAUCACGCACACCACGUCCAUGCUGGAGAACAGUGGCUUCUAUUGGGGUCCAAUGACUGUGGAGGAAGCCCAUAACAAGCUGAAGAACGAGCCCUUGGGGACCUUCCUCAUCCGCGACAGCCGUCAGAAGGACGUCUUCUUUACCCUGAGCUACAGGGCUCAGUCUGGGCCCAUCAGCAUCCGCAUCAACUACCGGGCCUCAUGCUUCAGCCUGUCCGGCAGCUCAGAGUCCUUCGACUCCCUUUUCAAACUGUUGGAAUACUACAUCACCUCGCCCAAAAAGAGCCUGACUCGGCCGUUCAGGAAAGAGCAGGUGCAAACGUUGCAGGAGCUAUGUCGCCGCAAGAUUGUGGAGUCGUGCGGGAAGGAGGUGGACAUAGAUCGCAUCCCUGUCAAUCCUAUCCUCAAAGACUUUUUACACUCGUAUCCCUAUCGGUUUUGAAUACCAUACUGAAUGCAUUAAGCUCACUGAGCCGUGAUGUGGAUGGCAGACUCUGUGCGGGGUGUCCCGUGCCAAAGAGGACCUGUUAUUUUUGUUGCACAUACUCUGGACCAAGACUUGGAAAAUGUGUGGGGAAUGUUUACAGAACGUCUCGAUGUUUACACUAUGCAAGGACGAUGCUCCUUUUUAAAUUAUAUGCCUGCUGUGCAGGAUCAAGUAUUUCUAACUAUUUGGAAAAUAAAUAUAUUAAUAUUA